GCUCCAACCUCUCUCUCUCUCUCUCUCUCUCUCAUCUGUGCCAUCAUACAAUAACAGUGCUCUAAAAGCCUAUUCUCACCAUAGCAACCUCAGAUGAACAUAAAACACUUAACCGAUAUCAGAGGGGGUGGAAAGACCGGACUUACAUGUUAUGUCACCCUGAGAAAUCUGUUCAUCAGCACACUGAAGAGAAGAAGCAAGACAUCAUGGAGUAACUGGCACUCACAGGUAACUUCUGUCUCGUUUCCAGUCAACUCGGUUGGAUGGAUCGGCAAAUUGAAAAGCAAAUCUCUGGUAAUGUGUAUUUAUGUGACUGCUAAUUUGAAUACACAAGAAAUGAUGCAAGUUAUCCUAUGAACUGAUCGUUGUUCGGGGUACCAUUUAAAAUAGGAGUUUAAUAGUCUCUAAUAAGAAAUAUGAUUCAAAUAAUUUCUCUGUAAAUGCAAAAAAAAGCAUCAUUUUACUUGGUCUAAUUAUUAAUCUUCCUCAGCAGAAGUGUAUUUGUACAUUUGCAUGUUUUUUUAUAUAUAUAUUUUGCCUAGAUACUUGGCAAGGGCAGGAGCCAGUUGUCCGCCCACAUAAUCCCGAACUCCCACGACAUGACAGGCUGUACACGCCUCCAGAUCUCCUGUGGCUCAAAGCUUGAUACGGGACACGCAUUCACACUAAGCAAAACACUUAAACUGUAAUCUCUUUUCGCUGUCAGUAUGAGUGCACACACUGCACAAAAGUUCACCCAAAAAUUUAAAUGAUAUCAUCAUUCACUCAGUCUGGUGUCCAGAUCUACAUGACUUACUUUCUUCUGUGGAACAUAAAAAAAGAUUCCGAGGAAAUGUCUUUUUUGGCCCAUACAAUGGAUGUCGGUGGUCACAUUCUUCAAAAAACCAACACAUGAAAGAAAGCCAUACAGACUGUUCUCCUGCCAUGGCCCAUGCAGGCCCAGAGGUGCACUGGAGGUGGUUGGAGCUCCAUGACUCUGUGUCUCUGGGGUCUGUGGAGAGGAAGGUCCGGACGGCUGCAGGGACCAGACAGUGGAGGAUCCAUCGUCGACCCAAACCCAGACACUCUCUCCUGGAUGAGCGCAGACUGCAUCAUGCUGCUUGGGAGGGAUGUCUGGACCAAGUCAAGACCAUGCUGGAAUGUGGCGUGCCUGCUAACUGCCAGGACCCGUAUGGUUGGACAGCUGUCCACCACGCCUCUUUUAAGGGUCAUCUCAUGCUGAUCAAGUUCCUGUUGCAAACCGGCCAGGUGGAGGUAAAUAGCCAGGACUUCUUCAACUGCACUCCCCUGCACCGCUCCUGCAGUGGAGGAAACCCAGAGACCACAGACCUUCUCCUCCAGAAGGGGGCGUCUCAUUCAGCGAGGUCCUGCUCCGGCCAGACGCCCCUUCACCUGGCUGCAGCCAGCGGACACCUGGGAACAGCUCGGGUUCUGCUGCAGCACUUGGCCUCACCGGACCCCGAGGACUUUCAUAAGUGGACGCCCCUGCACUGGGCAAUUUUUGGAGGCUGGGGGGAUGUGGCAGAGCUCCUGCUAGAUAAUGGGGCAGACGUAGAGGGAGGAAAAGGUGUGGGCAUGAGCCCUCUACAGCUGGCGGUGUUGGUGGGGAAUGAGGCAGGGGUGAGGCUACUGCUCCACCGAGGUGCAGAUGCCAAUAUGAGGGGUCCUAACGGCCACACAGCCAUGCACCUUUGUGCCUGCUCUGGAGACAAGAAGAUUCUCCAGCUGCUGUUAGCAGGAGGGGCCAAGGUUGAUGUCAGGGAUGGAGAUGUGGCAUCUCCGCUGCAUCUGGCUGCCCGCAGUGGCUCCAGGGCUGUAGUGCACUUGUUGAUUCUGAAUGGAGCAGGACUUGAGGACAGGGACAACCUCAAAAUGACACCACUGCACUACUCAACACUCAGGGACAACGUUGAGGCUGCCAAACUGUUGCUGCACUAUGGUGCAGAUGUGAAUGCCGUGGAGAGGCUUGGACAGACACCUAUGCACUUGGCCUCUGAGAGGGGUCACUGCAAGGUUCUGAAGGUCCUGCUAGACAAAGGUGCUGAUCCCGCUAUAAGGAGCAGCUGGAGAGAGACCGCAGAGGAUGUUGCAAGGGCACACAGUCAGCUAGGCAUAGUCCAGCUCCUUCAGCAACACCAGGCGGUCAGGAUGAGAGAUCAAGCACAGGACCGAGAGAAGAAAUAACAGUGAAUUAAGGCCUGUACGCAUUUAGAAUUAAAACUACAAUGAUAACUAUAACUAUAAAGUAUUAUUAAUCAUUCUAAUUCCAACUAUAAUGACAUAGAGGUAUAAUAUCCAUGGGAUUACUUUCAAAAGGACUUUCUUUCCAGCUGAUGAAUGAUUAAAACAUUGACAGCCAAUCAAAAUCCACUUGACUUUAAAGGGCUCAAGUUGUUGUUAUAUUUAUAUUUCAUUGUUACCAUCUUGGUGUGAACAGGCCUUCUCCAGCAGUUAGAGUCCACUGAUUUAAUAGGACAAGUGGUAUUCCAAGAAUACUUAUAUUUUGUGUAAAGCUUGGUUCAUACAUCGCUACACCAUUGACAACUGACCUUUUUUUUUGCCUGUGAAAUUUUGCAAAAAUGUGACUGAAAGUGGAACUACUGUUUGUUUCCUCUCUUACCAUACAAAACAUUCCCAUAGUAACCAUCAUUUCUGUCAAAAUAUACCACAAUUUUUUCUAUAGGGCCAUUACUAGAAAUCAUGGGACAUGGAACAAAUUAUUAAUUUUAUGUUUGUUUGUUUCUGUUUUUGACGGUGGUGGAUAAAUCCUCCAGUAAUAACUGUAGUGCCUAUAAUUUGUUGUCAUAACGUGUAUUAUAUUUUAAAGGUCUUUAUGGAAAUAAAAUCAUCUUAAUCGUUCAUAAACUGGGGUGACAAUUUGUAACAAAACAGAUUAAAGCACACAUUAGAAUUGCAUAAUGUAUAAUGCUGAGAUCAGUUUAAUUGCAUAGAAGAAACUGCUAUGCAUCAAAAUGCAAAGGGGACGGGAUACUUACAAAGUUUAAAUCACAUUUUAUAAAGGAGAUAAAUAACAUCUUAUAUUCUCCCAAAGUGAAUGUAUCUGAUUGCUAUGAUAAAAAUUCAUUAAGUAAAGUUACUUUCUCAGUUUUAUAGAACAUAAAAUUGGAAACGUCAGCAAAAGGAGCAAUUUGGGAGUUAGUUGGGUAGAUAUUAUGGAGUAAAAUGUACUUAAAAUGUAGUGUACAGGUCCAUUUAUUUCAGUAAUUCAACUCAAAUUGUGAAACUUGUGUAUUAAAUAAAUUCAAUGCACACAGAC